ACUGGAUGGAUACAUCAGAUAAUCAGAGAAUCACGCUAAGCCAAUCAGGCAAAUACCUCGGCUUCUUUGCACCAAUCAUUCUACCGAAAUGCAUCUCGGAUUCUGUAAAUUACAGGACGCAUUUCUUCCUUCUUUUCCCGAGGCGCAUUCUCGUGCUUUUCGUCUGCUUCUGCCUUCAUCUGCCUAUCCUUCGCUGUUCUCUCGGGCGUUGAUCCGAAUUGGAUCCUUUUCUAGGCUCAAUGAUAUCCCGAGCUGUCAGCUCAUUCGGGGUGACUGCUCCCGGAGACAUAUUACAAGUCCUGCCUACUAUACCAUAGUUCUAGAGCUAGUAUCAACGACUCCGUCCAGAGAUCAUAUACUACACAUGUGCCAGUCAUUCACAUGCCCACUAGUCCUUUUAAUAGAUGCACCAUCUUCCAGCCAAUUGACCCAUAAAUGGCUCAAUCGCGACCUGAUCAGGUGCCCCUUAUCUUAUCGCUUGGAAUCGGCCUGGCAUGUGACGGAUGUCCUGUCAUGUGAUAUCCCUGCUGUCAGUCUCGGUCUGUUUGGAAGAAGACGCAAUAGCUGGCCCGAUGCUGAUCGACCGACUCCUUUGUUACUGCCUAUGUCAGUCAACAGGCGAUAUCGCUAGAAUGGCUCCGGCGUAUCGAUCGGUCUCCCGAGACUCCAUCCAACCCACAUGGGCUAGCUCUCGAAGACCCAACUCUAGGUGGGCUGCCUCGGGCUAGACGGACAACGG